ACGAGAUCCGCUCCGGUCCCUACCACGGCCUCUUCCACCCCGAGCAGCUCAUCAGCGGCAAGGAGGACGCGGCCAACAACUACGCCCGCGGCCACUACAGCGUGGGCAAGGAGAUCAUCGACACCGUGCUCAGCAGGAUCAGGAAAAUGGCUGACCAGUGCAGCGGCCUCCAGGGUUUCCUGGUGUUCCACAGCUUCGGGGGCGGCACCGGCUCCGGCUUCACCUCGCUGCUGAUGGAGCGGCUCUCAGUGGAGUACAGCAAGAAAUCCAAGCUGGAGUUCUCGGUGUACCCGGCCCCGCGCGUGUCCACGGCCGUGGUGGAGCCCUACAACUCCAUCCUGACCACYCACACCACGCUGGAGCACUCGGACUGCUCCUUCAUGGUGGACAACGAGGCCAUCUACGACAUCUGCCGCCGCAACCUGGACGUCGAGCGCCCGACCUACGCCAACCUCAACCGCCUGAUCGGCCAGAUCGUCUCGUCCGUCACCGCCUCGCUGCGCUUCAACGGCGCCCUCAACGUGGACCUCAUCGAGUUCCARACCAACCUGGUGCCGUACCCGCGCGUCCACUUCCCGCUGACCACCUACGCGCCCAUCGUGUCGGCCGACAGGGCGUUCCACGAGCAGCUCUCGGUGGCCGAGAUCACCAACGCCUGCUUCGAGUUCGCCAACCAGAUGGUCAAGUGCGACCCGCGGCGCGGCAAGUACAUGGCGUGCUGCCUGCUGUACCGCGGCGACGUGGUGCCCAAGGACGUCAACGCCGCCAUCGCCGCCAUCAARACGCGCCGGUCCAUCCAAUUCGUGGAUUGGUGCCCUACUGGUUUUAAGGUGGGAAUUAAUUACCAACCGCCCACGGUGGUGCCCGGUGGCGACAUGGCCGCUGUSCAGCGGGCRGUCUGCAURCUGAGCAACACCACGGCCAUCGCCGAGGCGUGGGCGCGGCUGGACCAUAAGUUYGAUUUGAUGUACGCCAAGAGGGCGUUCGUGCAUUGGUAYGUGGGGGAGGGGAUGGAGGAGGGGGAGUUCUCCGAGGCCAGGGAGGACCUGGCGGCGCUGGAGAAGGAUUAUGAGGAGGUGGGGAGGGACUCGGCCGAUGGAGAGGAGGAGGAGGGUGAUGAGGAUGAGU